AUGUCCUUUCUCUUCGGCAAGAAGAGCAAGCAGCAGUCGAAUACGCUGCCCCCAGCAACUCGGGAAAUCACCUCGUCGCAUGGCCCAGGCCAACCACCCCCCGCCGUCAAUGGCACUGGCUCACGCGAACUCGAGAAGCCCCGUGGCGGCCCCCCGUCCCAGACACCCACGCCCGGCACCAGUGUGAACAACUCGUUGAGCUCCCUCCAAAAUCCUGCAAAUGCGCCCACCCCCGAGCCCAAGGCCCUGCGGGAGAAGGCCGACACCAACAUUCAGAACACGAAUCCCAGAUUUGCCGGCAAUUCGCCAGACUCGCCUUACCCCUGGUCCUCCCGCCGCCUGAACUUCACCGCAGGCAAUCCGUUCCCGCGAUACGGCGCCGCCAUCAAUGCCACGGCUUCCAAGGAUGGCACCAUCUACCUCAUGGGUGGACUGGUGGGCGGCGCGACGGUCAAGGGUGAUCUGUGGCUGACAGAAAUGGGCAACGGCAGCAUGGCCUGCUAUCCCAUCUCCACCACGGGAGACGGCCCUGGUCCCCGCGUCGGUCACGCCAGUUUGCUCGUUGGCAAUGCAUUCAUCGUCUUCGGAGGAGACACCAAACUGGCUGACAACGAUGACCUGGACGAUACCCUGUAUCUCCUCAACACAUCUACAAAACACUGGUCGCGCGCACUACCACAAGGCCCCCGUCCCACCGGUCGCUACGGACACACCCUAAACAUCCUCGGCUCCAAGAUAUACAUUUUCGGCGGACAGGUUGAGGGCUUCUUCUUCAACGAUCUAGUAGCGUUCGACCUGAAUUCAUUGCAAUCUUCGGCCAGCCGAUGGGAAGUGUUACUACCAAACACCAAGGAACAGGCCUCUCCACAGGGCAGAUCCCCACCAGCCCGCACCAAUCACUCGGUGGUGACUUGGAACGACAAGCUCUAUCUGUUCGGUGGCACAGACGGCAUCACCUGGUUCAACGAUGUCUGGACCUAUGAGCCACGUUCCAACGCGUGGACGGAGCUCGACUGCAUUGGUUAUAUUCCCGUAGCCCGUGAAGGCCAUUCUGCCGCCCUCGUAAACGACACCAUGUACAUCUUUGGCGGGCGCACUCAGGAAGGCGUUGAUUUGGGCGACCUUGCCGCAUUCCGGAUUUCCUCCCGCCGCUGGUACAUGUUCCAAAACAUGGGCCACUCCCCGUCAGCCCGAUCAGGACAUAGCAUGACCGCAUUUGGAAAGCACAUCGUCGUCUUGGCUGGCGAGCCCAGCUCUUCAGUCAGUGACAGGAACGAGCUCAGCCUUAGUUACAUACUGGACACAUCCAAGAUAAGGUAUCCGCCCAAUGAAAGUGCUCCUCCACCACAACCGCAGAACACCCAGCGGAAGAUGAGUGGUGGUGAGAGAAGCAACGUUCCUCCCGCUAAAGUCGGCUCCCCUCCAACGCGCGAGAGCAUGAUGUCCGGCCCCCAAAUGACAAGAGCCCCAGAGAACAUGGGCAACGGUAUUAAUCCAGGAUCACGGCUGCCUCGUGCAGCUAAUCAGGGGCCCCCAGGCCCUCCGCCACUUCAGCAGCCUCCGCAACCUCGUGAGAAUGGCGUUGUCGUACAGGGUGCCGCGAAGCCCAGGAGCAAGACUCCCACCAAAAACGAACGCGGAUACGGCCCACCUAUCGAUACGGGAGCUGUAUCCGCCGUGGAUAGAGACAACAUGUCACCCAUGACCCGCGACAGCCCGUCUACGAAUGACAUGCAAAGGAAGGCUUCGGAUGCUGUAAGCCAACGUACCCCGAAGGAGUCUAUGGACACUAUGCGCACCGCUAGCACCACCGUUUCACGGAACACGUCCAAGUCUCACCGUGCGCAAGCUUCUCAAGAUAGUACAGACCAGGCAACGAGGCAGUCUUUCGAAACACAGCAGCAUCGCGGCUUUGUCCGUGACGCUGAUCAAUUACCCAGCGAAGGCCUGAAGAACGCAUCGCUCGCCAACGACCAGAGAAAUGCUGACCUGGUCAGAGAACUUGAGCACGUCAAGAGUCGCAACGCAUGGUACGCCUCCGAGCUUGCACUUGCCCGUCGAGCAGGUUACAGUUCGGGCAACUCCACAAGUCCUGUAUUUGAUGAACGAUCGGCCGACGCGUUUCGGGAUGAAGACAGACCUUUGCUGGAGGCGCUUCUUAAGAUGAAGACCGAGCUUGAACGAGUGCAAACGUCAAUCAAAGCCCAAGGUGACGAUGCUGCAAAGAGGAUCGCUGAAGUGGAGAGGCAGCGGGAUGCAGCCGUCAGCGAAGCCAUAUACGCAAAAACCAAGUUAGCGGCUCAUGGAGGCGGUAGUCAGAACGGAACCCCACAGCCAGAUGGAGCUCGAAGCACAAGUACACCUGACGCCGAUCGCCUCCAGGACAUCAGUCGUCGAUUAGCUACAUCCUUGGCUGCUCAGGGCGACCUGGCUACCAAGGUGGAGCAUUUGACUCGUCAGAUUGACGCCGAAAAGAAGGCCAAGCAGCUAGCAGAGGAAACCGCAGAAGCUGCGCAGAAACGCGUACAAGAACUGGACUCGACCCGACAAAAGGCUACGGCUGAAUCAGAGAGUUUACGCGCCGAGUUGCACGAAGCUGAGCGUAUCGCAAGAGAAGUUUCCACUAGCGCCGCAGAAGCGGAAUCGGCAUCAAAGCUGCUAGCCAUCGACAAGCAAGAGCUGAGCGCCAGGGUUGCUAAGGUGUCCGAAGAAUCGAAAACUCAGUCUUCCGUCAUUCAAUCUCUACGCGAUGCGGUUUUUGCAUCUACAGAGAAGUCAACAUUGUUGGAAAAGAAACUGAACGAGGAGCGGACGCAAAGCGAGAACCUGCGCCAGAAGUUGAGCCAGCUUCGUAGCGAAUACGAGGCACGCGUUCUGGAACUGGAGACUACGACACAGAAGCUUCGCGAUGCGGAGGAGCUAGCGGAGAGCCAUGCAGAAGAGGCACGCCUUCAUCGAGCCACUGUUUUCUCUGGUCUGCAAACGAUGACGGAACGUUCCGAGCACGAUGGCGCAAAUGCCGAUGAGCGCGUCGUGGUGCUGCAACAGCAAGUCGAAGCUGCAAAUACCAUGGCCCGCAAGAACCAGACAGCAGCUGAUCAAGCGUCGGAGAAGCUUCGACGAGCAGAAGAACGAAUCGCCGGUCUUGAGGCCUAUCAAGAGCAAUCUAGUCGUGAGGGGCUGACCAUCCGUAAACAAUUACAACAGGCUAUGCGAGAUGUACAGCUCUCCGAAGCUGAACGUACCGAGCUUCGCCAACAACACGAACGUCUGCGUCUCGAGAGCAAUGCGUUUGAAGUUCAACUCAAGACUCUUCGCAAUCUUCUUGAUGAAAGAGGUGUGAAUCCUGUUGACACGCGACGCUCGAGGGUACUAGACAGUCCAAACUCAAGAUUUGGCACACCGGAGUUCAACCGCGUUCGCGAGCUGGAACAACAGGUGGAUUCUAUGACCAAAGCACAUGAGGAGUUGCGUUCCAUGUUUGAGGAGCGUGAGCAUGAGGUCAGUAAAGAAUGGGAGGAGAAGCUACAGGCGCUUCACAACGACCACCAAGCUGCCGUCAAGUACCUCCGUGGUACAGAGAAGAUGCUCUCGAAGAUGAAACAGGAGCUUGAUCGUUACAAGAGCGCGAACCUGAAGCUCGAGGAAGAACUCACUCAAGCGAGACAAGACAAGCGUAGCCCUGCUGACGAAGCUAAUCACGCCGAAUUGGACGCAGAACGCACGGCACUCCGCUCGGAGUUGGACAAGUCGCGGGAGAACAUGGAAGCUACCGUUUCGCGUUUCGAGACCCAGUUGUCCAAACUGCAGUCCGAUCUGGCUUCCGCUCGCGCCGAUGCCGAGACGGCAACGAAUGCCACGAAGCAGGCCGAGCAUCAGGCGGCUCAGUUCCAGGCAGACCUCGAAUCGCUUCGCCGACAGUAUGCACAGACAGAAGAGCGUGCACGCGAAGCUGAGAGCCGCGUCCAAAUGUUCCUCGAUCAGUUUGAGACAUCGGUCGAUAACUACCGCCGCCAAUCCCAGGUUCCGGCUGAGAACGCCCACCCUGAACACAGUCGCCACCGGGCACACGAUAGCGUUGCAUCGGCCGAGUCUCUGUACAGCCACAACGAUGGCUCCAGCACGCCAGAAGCCAUACCCCGCCCUUCAUCUUCUGCUACACGAAACUCAAUGGCCCUUGACAAUCUCGCUUCUGAGUUGGACGCACUCAGGAGUCACUGGGAAACUACCAACAAAGCUUACCGAUUGAGCGACCGCUUUGAUUUUGAACGCAUGCCUGAAAACGAUAACAACGACGAUGUGGAUGAACUUUCGCAAUGGAGGAAGAGGGUGGAGAGCGACGAUGGUCCACAGACUGCCACAGGCAGCCAGGGCCCAAAUUCUGUUCAGCCGGCUGCAACCAUGAUCUCGCCUACACAAGUCCACGGAUCUUCGUAA